CGCGCGGCCGGCGCGCCGCACAGUGGAGCCAGCCCCCGCCGCGGCCGCACGUCGCCCGACCGCUCCCCGCGACUCACUCAGCAGCAUGCAGGCCGCCAGCGCGGAGCCCAGCAAGGCGGAACUCGAGGCGGAGUUCCGCGCCGACGACCCCGCCGUGGCGCACGCCGCCACCAAGAUCCAGGCCUCCUUCCGCGGCCACCAGGUGCGCAAGCAGACCGAGAAGGACAAGCAAGACAAGGAGGACAUCGAGAAGAUCGACCUCAGCGACCCCGAGCUGAACAAGGCCGCCAACAAGAUCCAGGCGUCCUUCCGCACGCGCAAGGACAACAACUGAAGCCCCGGCCCCCGCCGCCGCCGCCGUCGCCUCCACCGCCCGCCGCGACGCUACACGUAGGUUAUUUUGUUGUAAAAAAAUAAACAUUUAAAAAAUCUA